AUGCAUCUCGGCAGUUGCUUCAAGAGCAGCAGGGCACAUCUCCUCCUGCUACUCCUUGCCCUUCUCUCCCUCAUUUCUUUAACUCAGGCUUCCACACCCACCUCCUUCUGCAAAUGUACCUGCUUCUCCAACAGCACGAUCAUCCCCCUGGACCCCGGCAAGUCUAGCUCCAGCUCCGCCCUCGAUCAUGUCUACAACCUAUACGAACGCGCCUUCGCAAGCCCCGACCUGGACCUCGCCAGCACGCCAGAAUCCAAAUCCGAAACAGACAGUGAAGCACCAGCGGCUCUCACCGAGCGCGCAUCCAAAUACCGUGCGCUGAGCUGCAACGACUGCAACCGCAAGUUCUGUCUGGACUACGAGCUGCCGAUUUGCAAAGACGCGAAGGAGGAGGACGUCUUCACUACAUGCUUCCAGCGCGACUCCCGGAAAGACGAGGCGGUCGUCUUCAUUUUCAUUUUUGCCACGGGCGGCUUGCUGACGUGGGCGCUGCUCAAGCCCUGGAUCGAGCGGUAUAUCGAGGCUGCGCGGGAGCGCCGAUCGUACAUGCCUGUUGCGGAACCCGAUAGCUAG